ACUUUCAUUAGGAUGUUCUUUGGAAAACUAAAUAGUUAAGCUGGAAAACAGCUAGCUAAAUUCCCUGCGCCCAUAUUUUCUGAACCCUAAACUUUGUUCAAAUGAUCAGAUUAGACUUGGAAUAGAAAAGCCAGAUGCAACAUUUAAGAUAAGCCCAAAAGUAUGCAGCACUCUCAACAUGAAACGCUUGAAAUCAAAACAGUCUAUUUACGUUGAAAAGUACAAUUUUUUUAAUGCUAAUGCUCAUUAUUAAUCAUUUCACGCUGAUUAUUAUAACAUUAUUUAAAAGCAAAAUACGAAAUCAAUGAGCUAUAGCUAAUGAUUGGCCAUUAUUGAUAAACAUUUGAUUGGUACCAAAAAAAUAGGUGUUUUCGCAACACAUAGUCUUUUUGCAAUAAUGGCGGAUCUUGUAUCUAGCAGAUUGAUUAUAGUAACCGCUGCUAUUUUGUGCAGCUUAAGUUUGAGAACCGAAUGCCGUCCAAAGUCCCGAUUUAUCAACAUGCAGUGCGAAUCCUACAAUGAGUCGUAUGCAGCUUUUGAGAAAUGUAAACUCAAUUUACUUGGAAGAGGUCGUGUGGGGGCCGACAUAUAUUUAAAGCUGUUUCAAACGCCCAUAGACAACUGUUGGAUUAAUUGGUCCAUGUACCGCCGCUACAAUGGAUUUCGUCCGUUUCUGUACAAUAUCAGCACCGAUCUCUGCCAGCUUUUGGGUAACCCGAAUUCCAUAUCGUUUCAAGGACUCGUUAUGAAUGCCAUUAAGACGGGCUCGAAUUUAAAUCACUCGAGUCCAUAUAACCACGACAUUAUUAUGGAUAACAUGGAAUUUUCAGAUGAUUUCCUUAAGACUUUGCCUCUACCGCAAGGUAUCUAUAAAAUACAACUUCGUUUUGCCACUUACAAAGUUUGGAGGGUACAGGUAACCGUGUUCAUAGAGAGAAAAGAAUAA